CCCCUCCCCUCAACUUUACAGCGGAUAAAGAUGGCGGCGCAGUGCUCUUUGUUUUUCUGUUUCUUUCUUGCUUGUUUGUGCACCAUCGGUUCCGCGAACGUCCAGGCCACCCAACAGACACUUUUGGCCAUCGGUGACCAAUAUCAGGUUGUGGAGAUGCUGAGAGCUGUGGGUAAAAUGGUGUUUGGAGGUUUCGAGAGUCCAAAGUUUACUCCUCAAGAAAGCAAGGGACAGGACUAUGAGGUGCGAACCUAUCACCCCACACAGUGGGUCAGUACCACAGUCAAUGGCACGGAGCAGGACGAGGGCUUAACUACUGGCUUUAGGAGACUCUUCAAAUACAUCCAGGGAAACAAUGAAAAGCAGGUGAAAGUGGACAUGACUGUACCAGUGACCUGUCUCAUCAACCCUGGAGAGGGAUCAUCCAACGAGAGCUCCAUCACUGUGUCCUUUUACAUCCCCGAGGAGCACCAGGCCGAGCCGCCCAAACCCACCGUCCCUGAAGUCUUCUUCGAGAACAGGCAGGAGUUCACCGUGUUCGUCAGGACAUUUGGAGGCUUCGCUAACAGUCAGAACACCCAUGAUGAGCUGCUAAAGCUGAUCGAGAGCUUAAAGAGGGAUGGAAUGAGCUUCAAAGAGGCUCCCUACUACCGUGUGGGCUACGACAGUCCCUUCAAGCUCAUCAACCGCAAGAACGAAGUCUGGCUCAUACAGGAGGAGGGAAAGGAGUGAGUCGGGAAAAGGUAAGAAAAUACAGGAGCAGGCGUUGUCUUCAGCCCCCCGGUUGGUAGCAGCUGUGGGAUGGAACCAAUCACCAGCCUGAUUAUCCUCUGGCAGAGCCAAACAUUUACUGAUCAAUAAUCCUAUAUAACCAGUUUAAUGUGAACGCUAGCACAUUCCUGUUACUCGCAGUUAAAGCCUUUAAGUACGACAAGACUGCACUAUUAGUCACUUCAAAGCUUUAAUCACAACUUCAUCAGUGAAAUUACUCAUAUCCUGUAAUAAACGUAUCUGUUUUACACA